AUGUUUUUAGUGGUAGGGGAAACCGGAGCACCUGGAGGAAACCUACACAUACACAGGGAGCGCCACCUACUACAGACACCACCUCCUACAGACACCACCUCCUACAGACACCACCACCUCCUACAGACACCACCUCCUACGGACACCACCUCCUACAGACACCACCUCCUGACACCACCUCCUGCAGACACCACCUCCUACGGACACCACCUCCUACAGACACCACCUCCUACAGACACCACCACCUCCUACAGACACCACCUCCUACAGACACCACCUCCUACAGACUCCACCUCCUACAGUCACCACCUCCUACAGACACCACCACCUCCUACAGACACCACCUCCUCCUACAGACACCACCACCUACAGACACCACCUACUACAGACUCCACCUCCUACAGACACCACCUCCUACAGACACCACCACCUCCAGACACCACCUACUACAGACACCACCUCCUACAGACACCACCUCCUACAGAUACCACCUCCUGCAGACACCACCACCUCCUACAGACACCACCUCCUACAGACACCACCUCCUACAGACUCCACCUCCUACAGACACCACCUCCUACAGACACCACCACCUCCUACAGACACCAGCACCUGCUGCAGACACCAGCACCUGCUACAGACACCACCUCCUACAGACUCCACCUCCUACAGACACCACCUCCUACAGACUCCACCUCCUACAGACACCACCUCCUACAGACUCCACCUCCUACAGACACCAGCUCCUACAGACACCACCUCCUACAGACUCCACCUCCUACAGACACCACCUCCAGACACCACCACCUCCUACAGACACCACCUCCUACAGACACCACCUCCUACAGACGCCACCUCCUACAGACAUCACCUCCUACAGACACCACCUCCUACAGACUCCACCUUCUACAGACACCACCACCUCCUACAGACACCACCUCCUACAGACACCACCUCCUACAGACUCCACCUCCUACAGACACCACCUCCUACAGACUCCACCUCCUACAGACACCACCUCCUACAGACACCACCUCCUACAGACACCACCACCUCCUACAGACUCCACCUCCUACAGACACCACCUCCUACAGACUCCACCUCCUACAGACACCACCUCCUACAGACACCACCUCCUACAGACACCACCUCCUACAGACACCACCACCUCCUACAGGCACCACGUCCUACAGACACCACCUCCUACAGACUCCACCUCCUACAGACACCACCACCUCCUACAGACACCACCACCUUCUACAGACACCACCACCUCCUACAGACACCACCUCCUACAGACACCACCACCUACAGACACCACCUCCUACAGACACCACCUCCUGCAGACACCACCUCCUACAGACACCACCUCCUACAGACACCACCACCUCCUACAGACACCACCUCCUACAGACACCACCACCUCCUACAGACACCACCUCCUACAGACACCACCUCCUCCUACAGACCCCACCUCCUACAGACACCACCUCCUACAGACACCACCACCUACAGACACCACCACCUCCUACAGACACCACCACCUCCUACAGACACCACCUCCUACAGACUCCACCAUCUCCUACAGACACCACCACCUCCUACAGACACCACCUCCUACAGACUCCACCAUCUCCUACAGACACCACCACCUCCUACAGACACCACCUCCUCCUACAGACACCACCACCUACAAGGGAUUUAACCAUCUUACUCAGACCACCUUAA